AUGGCGACAACCGUCCCGUUCCACUUUGUCGCCUCGGCGCACACCAGCGACCUCCUCGCCCUCCUCAGCGCCAACGCCAUCCACCUCGUCUCGCCCUCGCACCCCUCGAUCCACACCACCCUCCCCGCCAGCGUCGUCGUCCCACAGCCAAAGAAGCCAGACCAUUCCGACGCAUUGACAAGCGCACCCUCGCCACCCAUCGCCUUUCCUCGUAUCGCCGCCUUUUCCCGCUCCGACCGCUACCUCGCCCUAACCGGCGACGACAAGAUCCUGCGCGUCUUUCGCGUCCAGGCCGACGACGCCGCCUCCCCCUUUGCCGGCCUAGCGCAGGGGAAAGAGGUCCUGAUCAAGGCGCUCCCGAAGCGCGCUGCUAUCCUGCAGUGGCUUCAGCCCGCCGACGGCCAGGACGCAGAGGAGCUCGUGGUGGUCGACAAGUUCGGAGAUCUCCGCAGCUUCCAGGUCAGCCCUUCUACGACUGCCGCGCAAUCUGCCGCCCCACCACCCGCAGAGACGUCAGGCGCCAAGGAUGACGAGGCGCACGACGACAUGGAUCGCCCCACCGACCCUUCCAUGAGGAUUCUCCUCGGUCACGUCAGCAUGAUCACCGACAUCGCCUUCACCCCGCAGCCUUCCAAGUCGUCCCAGCCCAGAUUCCUCAUCACCUCGGAUCGCGACGAGCACAUCCGUAUCUCGCGUUGGGGCCCGCGGCGCGCCGCGCACAUCAUCGAACGAUUCCUCCUCGGCUCCACUUCCUUUGUCGGCUCGCUUUGCAUCGUCGAGGACCGGACGGCAGACGACGCCGGCAACGGCGGCAACGGCAGAUACAAGCUCAUCAGCUCGGAUGGCGGCAAGGCGCUGCGGGUCUGGUCGCUACCAGAGGCCGACAGCGAUGCCUCGCCUGCCUCGGCGACCACCCCAUCCUCCAAGGCCUGCCUCGCCGUUAACAGCAUUGAGGCGGCAAUCGCUCCCCACGUCGUUGCGCGCGAGCGCGAAGAGAAGCGGCGCGAGAACCUCGGUUACAACCCGGGAGGCAAGAAGAAUCGGCCCGCCAACAAGCGGAAGAAGGUCGAGGGCCAGGACGGGUCAGCCACGGCGGAGGCAGCGCAGCCCGAGGCCGAGACGGACAAGGAGCCCAACGUCUACGAGUACAACACCGAGACAGCGCCCACCAAGGCCAUCACGGCGGUCAGGCAGUUUGACGAUUCGACGGGCAAGGCGUGGCUGUUGAUCACGGUCGAGGGCUCGACGGCCUUCUUCCAUGUGCCCCUCUCUGCGGUCCUGGCGCCCGCAAGCGAGCCGCGCGACCUCUCGGACCAAGUCAGGGCGACGACGCUGCCGGCGCCCAUCCUUGACCUGUGCCGUCAAUCAACCUCGACGGAGGACUGCACCCUCUGGGCGACGCUCGAUACGCGAUCCGAGUUCCAGCCGCGCGACUCGACCGCGCCGCCCCCGGCGCUGCAGCGCCUCGUCUUCAACGCGUCGGCCUGCGCCUUUGAGGUGCAGCCUCUGGCGCCUCUUCCGCUGACGGAGACGCCCAUCGAGCCGUUUGUCCUUUCGGCGCUCUCGCUCUACCCGGCGCUCACCAACUGGCCCAAGGUCGACGCGCCCUCGUCGGCCGAGAUGCUGGCGAGCCGCAUCCAGCGCAAGGGCCGGCCGGCUAACGGUCUUCUCGGCGAGGCUGGCGGCGAUGCGGAAACGGAAGUAGGUGCGGAAGCGGGAGCGGAGGUGGACGGCGAGCGCAGCAACAAGAUGGUCAAGCGGAUGCAGCAAGGGCGUAGGGCCAAAGGGCGCGAGAAGAACCGCGCCGACCUGGGCCUGAGCGGCGGCGCACAGGCAUGA